GCUUUCCAAUUUACCCCUCCUUGCAGCUUGCAGUGUUGCCCUAUAGACGGUAUAAAAUAUUACUAAAUAUACUGCGCAUUCUUUCUUUAUUUUGAAAAGUAUGGCAUGAAGUCGUCAUGUCAUUGCGAAGGGCUUUGGAUAGCUGAGCUCAUCUGAGCGUGCAGUAAUGUAGAUCCAGGAAGCCGUUCCUGUCGCUUCUAUCCUAUCCUGUAACCUUAUGGAGCUGGCUCUGUCGCGUCGCUCCGUCUCCUCCGCUGUGGCCGGUGGAAAUGUGGCCGCCCCUGGAAGAAACGCACCGUCCGAGCAUCUGUCCGCCUUCUCUUAAUUUCUUCUCACUCACAUCAUCGCUAAAACUUUCAAUAUGAGGAUCUUCUGGUCUUUGCUGAAAAACAGCAACCCCAAAAUCGAGUAUUACUCCAGAUUUUCACCGUCUCCGCUCUCCAUCAAGCAGUUUUUGGAUUUCGGCCGGGACAAUGCAUGUGAGAAAACGUCCUUCAUGUUCCUGCGUAAGGAGCUGCCCGUACGGCUGGCCAACACCAUGAGAGAGGUCAACCUUCUCCCCGAUAAACUGCUUAGCCAGCCCUCUGUCAAACUAGUGCAAAAAUGGUACAUGCAGAGCUUUGUGGAGUUGCUCGAUUACGAGAACAGAAAGCCAGAGGACCCUCAUACUCUGAACGAUUUCCUGGAGCUUUUGAUUGAGAUCCGCAACCGCCACAACGAUGUGGUUCCCACCAUGGCUCAGGGGGUCAUUGAGUACAAGGAGAAGUUCGGCUUCGACCCGUUCAUCAGCAGCAACAUCCAGUAUUUCCUGGACCGCUUUUACACCAAUCGCAUCUCGUUCCGCAUGCUCAUCAACCAGCACACGCUCCUUUUUGGUAACGAUACCAACCCAGCACAUCCCAAACACAUAGGCAGCAUUGAUCCGAACUGCAACGUGGCAGAAGUCGUCAAUGAUGCUUACGACACUGCCAAGAUGCUGUGCGAGAAGUACUACUCGGCCGCUCCUGAGCUCAAGAUUGAGGAAUUCAACAUGAAGGCUCCCAAAAGGCCCAUCCAAGUGGUGUAUGUGCCCUCUCAUCUAUUCCACAUGUUAUUUGAGCUCUUUAAGAACUCCAUGAGAGCCACAGUGGAGCUUCAUGAGAACAGUAAAGAGGGAUUACCACCAGUGAAGACAAAAGUCACUCUGGGUAAAGAGGAUCUCUCGAUAAAGAUCAGCGACAGAGGAGGAGGAGUCCCUCUCAGGAAGAUAGACCGUCUUUUCAACUAUAUGUACUCCACUGCCCCGACGCCGAGCCUGGAGCCAGGAGCUGUCCCGCUGGCUGGUUUUGGCUACGGUUUACCAAUUUCCAGGCUGUAUGCCCGAUAUUUCCAGGGGGAUCUGAAGCUGUACUCUAUGGAAGGAGUUGGCACGGAUGCAGUCAUCUAUCUGAAGGCUCUGUCCAGUGAGUCCUUUGAGCGUCUGCCUGUCUUCAACAAGUCGGCGUGGAGGCAUUAUAAGACGAGCCCCGAGGCGGACGAUUGGAGCAACCCCAGCAAAGAGCCACGUGAUGCCAGAAGUCAUGUGGCACACACAGUUGAGGGUUUGGAUAAGUCGGCAGAGGAAAAUGUGGUCAAAGAAGCAGAGCCUCCAGGGCACUGAAAGUUGUGCAUCAAUCCAUCCACUUUUUUCUUGUUUUUUUGGGGUUUUUUUGGCACAUGGAUCAUAUUCAGGAACCUGUUUUUGUGCACUUUACUAAUCCUACGUGUAUAUUUUUAACCUCGUGUAGCUUUCAUGCAAUCACUCCAGACCUCUAUCAAGGAGCUAAUUAAAUCGGAUCGGAUCCCAGGUCAGGAUUUACUAAUGGUGAUGCAUUUGUUUUUAUUUAUUUUUUUGAGGCUGCUGAAAAAGACCAAAACUUAAACAAGUCAUGGCUCAAACCUGGAUUUAUUUAAAGCAGAUGUUGGGAGAUUUUCACAAAUACGAAGUGACUUCUUUUUCUCAUCUCAUUUAGCUUCACCUGAUGUGUAAAGAGAGAAUAACUCGGUGUGGAAACCGACAUGUUAACCAUCAGAUUUCAUCACUGCCAAUUCCUUUGUGACAUGCCAGUCUGGCUGAUACCCUGUGAAUAACCUACCAUAGAGGAUGAGCUGCGUUAUAGGUUAGUGGUUGACGUGUAGGCCAGUGUGGUCCUGUUGUUGACCAGUCACCUAAAAACCACAUCUUGAUCAAAGUUAUACUUCCAGUUUCCAUCAUUUAUUGAAAUGAAGAUCUUCUACUUUUAGUAGUUCUAUGUGGUAAGAGUAUUUUAGAAAAUCAUAUAUAAUGUAUAUGCUGUACAUGCAGCCAGUGUGGAGUGAUGAGUGUUUUUUUCCACCCUGCUGUACAUCCAGCUUAAAUACUGCAUUUGGAGUCUCCUGGAUAAGAGGUGGUCAUGCAACAUCAACAUACACCAAAAAAAAAGUUUUACAGUGGUCUUAUAAUGUGAUUCAGCAUGAGAUGAACUUCCAAUACCAACUGUCAAACAUUACAAUAAAAGAGAUUUGCUGUUGUGUGUAA